GCUGAGUGUCGUAAGGAGUGGACGUGUCGGAACGCGCUCGUGUUGUGGUUUGUGAUAGUCGUUGGUGGUUCUGUGAUAUUGUUGGUGAUGUCAAUUGUGGGUGCUGAGUGCUGAUUGUCGCAGCCAGGGGCUCUGCCCAGUCGUCAGGCGGAGGAACUGAACGCGCUGGUGGGAAAUGCGUUUCGAAUGGCGUUCGCGUCGCAGCUGCAGCCGUCCGCUCCACUUUGGAGCAAGGAGCUGAACUCGUGCGCAAGAGCCCCCGACUCGCUGCCAGGACUACCGCAUCGUUACCCCCGCUGUCACGACAGAUCAUCAACACAAUGCGAGAGGAUGGGCGGGUCAACAGCAGACGGUUGCGAAGGGAGCGAGCCAAGCGAACCAAGCGAGGCAAGUCCGAGCUCGUCGGAAGAGUGGAACUCGCCGACGGAGCUGAGCUGCUACCGGCGCCUGGGCGAGCGGAUGGAGCGGUUCGAGCGGCCCCCGCUCAUGAAGCGUCUGGCGCUGGGGCUGAGUGGCCGCGGUGCGCUGCUGCAGCCCUCCGACGACGACGCCACUCCGCUCGUAGCCGACACACCCACAACGCCAACGAACGUACCGUUAUGUAUGAACGGCGGGUACAUCAACGAAGCAGGUGAGGCCGACGCACGAGCGAGAGAGGCGCGCGAGCGAGCGAGACGUGACCUCACCUGUCAGAUGGAUUUUGACUUUAGAAAAUGUAACAAUAUUAGCAAUGGAAGACCGUCUGCGGGCAGCGUGUGCGAGUCGUCAACGUCGGGCGACUCGUCGUGCGGUGGCGGCGGAGGGGGCAGUUCACGAGGCUCGGGCAACAAUAACUCCGCGCCGCGCCCGCUCGAGCCCGAGCUCAAGAACGCGCCCUGGUUCCAGCAGGGUAUACCUCGAGAAAUAGCGCUGGAGGUACUAGGCGCGCAGCAGCCUGGGGCGUUCUUAGUGCGCGCGAGCACCACGCAGCUGGGCUGCCUGGCGUUGUCACUGAGAGUGCCUGCGGACUUCGCGCCCCUGGGCAUCGCGCAUUACCUCAUCCUGUCCACGCCCAAGGGCUACAAGAUCAAGGGGUUCACGAAGGAGUUCGGUUCGUUGUCGGCGCUGGUGACGCAUCAUAGCGUGAUGCCGGAGCUGCUGCCGGUGCCGCUGCGGUUGCCGCGAGCACCGCUCGUGUAUCGUCCGCGCGACCACGAGCCGCUGGAGCGAGUGGCUCCAGGCCCUCCUACUGCACCUCCCCCGCAUCCUCCACCUCCUCACGGCUACCGCCCGCAGCUUGACGUCUAGCGGCGUGCCGAUAGUAUAGGUCCCAGCGCGGCUACAGUGUUGCUAGCUCGAGAGUCGAACAGUGAUUUAAAUGACAAUUUUUCGAGUGUUUUAAAAUAAUUCUGACUAAACUGAAUCGAAUCAUACUAUGAAAUAAAUCAUUUCAUAAAAACUGACCCUAAUGUUGAAAUAACUUACUGUCUAUUUAUAGACAUAUUAUGGUAAAGUGGAUUGAAUCUGGAUAGGCGUGGUUUAAUAACAAAACAAUUACAAACAAACUAAGUACCGAGUAAACGGGAUAGCAAAUGCGCAAAAAGCACCUAGAAGGAAACUACGUAAACUCUGUAUAACGUAUAACUCCAUUUCAGCCGGAAGACGUCCACUGUUGGACGAAAGCCUCCCCCAAAGAUCUCCAAGACGAUCAGUCUUGCGCUGACCUCAUCCAACCUACUCCGGCAAUCUUGACACACAUCGUCGGUCCAUCCUGUGGGGGGCCUACCAACACUACGUCUUCCGUUACGUGGUCGCCUUUCGAGGACUUUAAUGCACCAACGGCCAUCAGUCCGUCGAGCUAAUUGCCCUGCCCACUGCCACUUCAGUUUGCAACCUGCUCUGUGUCGGUUACUUUGGUUCUCCUAAGGAUCUCUUCAUUUCUGAUUCGAUAUCGCAGGGAAACUUCGAACAUAGCCCUCUCCAUUGCUCUCUGAGCGACAACAAGCUUUCUUUAAUUCUUAUGAGAAAGCUCAAUGAACAAUUAACAAAAAUCAAUUACGUAAAAAUCUACCUGAAUAUUACCGGGCCAUUGCAGUACAAUGUUUUGGAAACACUGCUCUAGACUAUUAUACAGAGUAUCGCCUUGAAUGAAAUAUUGCUUUAUUUCUUUUCUUGCCCCUGUCUCUAAGACAUGAUCCAUUUUAAACUGGAACUGACUGAAUCGUAUGUUAUAAAAUAUUAUUAUGUAAUCGUGAUAGUAUAUCGAAGUGCAUUAAUCGUUGUCUAAUUAACUAAAUUUAAAAGUAUCAAAAUUUAGUCGUCGUUGCAAAGUCAUUAAUUUAUGGAUGUUGUCUAGUUACGUGUCGCUAAGAUAGGUUUAAAAUAAUAUUGUGAUAUUGAGUGUGUGUGUAUGUAUCGUAUGAAACGACAGUAGCUUGUGUCAUAUUAGCAAAAUGGAAUUAUGCAAUCUUAGAUUAAGGGUUGGUCUUCGCUGUGCUCCAACUAGAUACAGGCGUAGUCGCAAAGUGCGGCAACUAAUACUACGCCCAAGUGGGCGUACUCGAGCCAGUCUCGAACAAUGUGUGACAUUGAGUGCCAGAUGUUCUGUUAAUUUUGCUUAUAAUUGAAACUAAAAUAAAGUUGCGUAUUAAAACUUUGUAAAAAUAAUACUACAAGAAAUAAGAUAGAUACUGGGGACAUCAGUAAGUAUUUUAUUAAUUUCAAUGUAAAAUAACACGAAGCGUAUGUUAUACAAUUUUAAGGAUUUAGUGUCUAACUGGAGUGCAGCGGAGACCAAUCCUUAAUCUAAGUACGCGAUGUUAUAAUAAUUAUUGUGAGAGUAAACCUAGAUAACUCUAGUCUAAAAAAAAUUGUAUAGCUUACAUUGCUUUUAGAGUUUAUAAUUCUCAGAAAUUUUCUACAUUGUAUUUAAUAAUAGUCUUGUAAGUAGUGCUCUACCCAUAGACAUAGAGCCACUGACCUCUACUAUAUACCAAUGGACUGACGGCUGUCAAAGUGUUUUUGUCCCUGUUUGACAUUCGCCAUUUUGGCGCCGUUGGCCAUGUAGCGAUAGUCUGCGGUAGUAAAACUAGUGAUGACAACAUAAGAAAACAUGAAUAGAUAGUGGGAAACUAUUUACAACAAAAAUUGUGUACUUUAUUAAGUUGAUUCAUGAAGUAUAAAUAACACGGAAAAUGAAGGAAAUUAAUUCGAAUUGCAAAAAUUCUUCAGAGUAUUGUACGUUCCUUCGCAGUUAUUUGUACUAUACGUCAAAAUUAGUUCUCUGAACGCUCGCGAGUGGCGCUUCCAUUAAGGCACAAAAAAUUUGCUGUCAAACAUAUGGAACAGUUUGUCCAGUGGUAUUUAUACAGGUCAGUGCUUAGAGCGGUUUCGCACUACGUCCGAUCAGAGUUCAAUCUGUACCCGUGAAAGUACAGAUCUAGAAAUCUUGGACCGAAUUCGGAUAUUACUUACGCACAAGUCCGAUCUCUGAUCAAAUUCCAAGCAAUUCAAGGGCCAUUUAUUGGCAUACGACAUUUUACGCUGAUCAAUAGCAGAGCAUUCACAUCGUUGAUCAUGAGUCCUUUCAAUCGGCAUCAGUUUCUGGACGCUUAAUUGGGACAAAACAUGUAGGUACGUUUGUAUCCUUAUAACCCUAUAUAUCAUUUUGCCGAUUUAACCAAUUAGCCGUUAUUUUGCUGGCUAAUUUUAAUUUUAGCUGGCUCGUUAAGGUGGCAGAAAAAUUGAUAGCUGAACAAGCCUAUCAACAAUACAUACGUGCUGCGCCCCCUGGCUACUUAUCCUACCGCCCCGCUGCCUCUGUGCUU